AUGGGCAUGCUGUACUCACGUCCCAUGCCUGUGGCCGAUCACUUUAUAGCGUUCUGCAGGGCCGACGCCUACGGAAAAACGGCCGUCGCCGACCUGGGCGAAGUGUGCGAAACGUGCUACACACAUUGCGCCGGCGGCAAGACGGAACUGUGGCGGCACGCCCGAGACGAGCACGGCGCCGACCCGAACCUGUCGUGUCACGUGCCCGGCUGCGGCCGGCGGUUUUUCGCUGCGGCUAUGUGCGCCGACCACCGCGCGCACCACCACAUCGCAGGCCCCAGCGGCCGGCCGCCGUUGACGUGCGAACUGUGCGGCCGGCUGUCCGUUAACCGGUCGGCAUACUACAAGCACGUGAACGCGGCGCAUCCCGAAGCCCGGGCCGCCAUGUGCGGUGUGUGUCACUCGUACGAGGGUGACGUGUGGUCGCUAAUCGAUCACGUGCGGCGCCGGCACGUCCUCGAGCUCGUCACUGCAGAGACGACCGCCGCCAGUAAUGGAUCCUACCCGAAGCGGGCCCACAGACGGAGUAUAAGGUGCACCGUGUGCGGCAAGCGGUACGGCAACAACCACAACAUGAAUGCUCACAGGCGGGUGCACGGCCUCGCCGACGAUCUUGUUCCGGUGCACCCACAGUGA